AACUUCCAAUGAGUACAAUAUCACCUAUUCACUAUAUGAAGUCUGUUGUUAGUUCUAGAGAAACAAGAAGUGAAUCGAACAAGAGUCGAAGAACUUUUGCCAAUACUGAAUGGAAUAACAUUAUUCGAGAGACACUUUAUUUAGAGACUAUUUACAUUCCUUUGGACGCCACUUCUCAUAGUCCUGAUAUUAUAUUCCAAUUACAAUCUGCUGUGGAACCCAAAGUUCUUACUGUUGGAGUUGCAUGUAAAGGACGUUGGAGGUCGGAAGGAAUUGGCUGGUCAGAUAUUAUAGAUGAAGCCAAGAAAUUUUUAGAUCCUGUUUAUGAUCAAGUCUUAUCCAGUGCAAUGGAUUAUCAUCAUUGUAUGCUUAUUAUCGUUAGUACAAAGUUAUCAUUGAAAGUUUCUAAUGAGUUGGAUAAUCAGAGUCGUUGUUACACCAGUGGAAUGUUUAUUGGAAAUGAUUCUUUCAAAGUACCUGAUAAUUGUGAACUUGUUAUUCUUUGUGAAAGAGAUGUCCAAAUGCUGAUUGACGAAGAAAUAUUGAGCGUACUUGAAAGAGCAUUUCAUAUUCAUAAUCCUACUUUUUGGGAUUUUGGAUUAGAUUUACUUCAUAGAAUCCGUAACAGUUUCUUAAGUUGGCAAUAGAUUCUAACUCAGUCCUUCCCUUUGUUUUGAAGAGCAAGUAAACUUUUUUGUAUGUUU